GUCUCUUUCUCUCUCCCCCUUUUUUGUUUUUCUCCCCCCCCCCAUUUUCCCCUCCCCCUUUUUUUCUUUUUUUGGGGGGGCAAUUUCCCCCCCCUCCCCGCCGCCCGAUCCGCCCCCGAAGUAACUCCUGGAGGAUCGGAGCGCGGCGGGAGGAGCUUGCGGAGGAGGGACCCCCCCGGCCAACACUUCUGGUCUAAUGGACAGUCAGUCCAUUAUCACCCAGGUUAGCAAGGAAGAGGUGAACACCCCUCUGCAAGAGAAAGGUGCUCACAGCCCAUCGCCGUCCAAGAAGCCCCGGAACCGCAGCAUCUUCCAGUCCCUGUUCUGCUGCCUCUGCCAUGACGCCUCGGACCCCGUCCCGGUCAACAACAACGCGCCCCUGCUGGUGGAGGAGAACGGCGUCGUGCCCAAGGCCGCUGUCAAGUACCUGCUGCCCGAGAUCAAAGCCCAGGACGCCAGCAAGCUGUGUGUGGUCAUCGAUCUGGACGAGACGCUGGUGCACAGCUCCUUCAAGCCCGUGAACAACGCCGACUUCAUCAUUCCUGUCGAGAUUGAUGGCAUCAUGCACCAGGUAUACGUGCUGAAGCGCCCGUACGUGGACGAGUUCCUGCGGCGCAUGGGCGAGCUCUUCGAGUGCGUGCUCUUCACCGCCAGCCUGGCCAAGUACGCGGAUCCCGUGGCUGACCUGCUGGACAAAUGGGGAGCUUUCCGCGCCCGCCUCUUCCGCGAGUCCUGCGUCUUCCACCGCGGCAACUACGUCAAGGACCUGAGCCGCCUGGGCCGGGACCUGAGCCGCAUCAUCAUCGUGGACAACUCCCCGGCUUCCUACAUCUUCCACCCCGACAACGCGGUGCCGGUGGCAUCGUGGUUCGAUAACAUGGCCGACACGGAGCUCCUGGACCUGCUGCCUUUCUUUGAGGGACUCAGCAAAGUGGACGACGUUUAUACAGUGCUAAAGCAGCACCGGACUAGCAGCUAGUGACCCGGGGCCGGGCGAGAUUCCCCACUCCUCCCUCUGCCAGCUGCCCCACUGAUCUACCCACAAGCCCCAGCGCCAGCGUGCAGCUUCUCCAGGGUGCAGAGCGGAGGCUGUGACAGGCGCCGGAGGGGCUGGGCGGGGAGCCUAGCGUGGGGCUCACACCCGCCAGGCAUGGGGGAGACGCCCGGCCGCAUCACUCAAAACCAGCCACAAACCUGGACUUUUGUCGUCACGUAACGGUUCUUCUCCUGGAAACUGGGGAGGGCUGGAGAACCACGGCCCGGUCCCCUCUGAUUGGCCUGGGGGGUCCAGAACCACGGCCCAGUCCCCUCUGAUUGGGCUGGGGGGUCCAAAACCACGGCCCGGUCCCCUCUGAUUGGCCCGGGGGGUCCAGAACCACGGCCCGGUCCCCUCUGAUUGGCCUGGGGGGGCUCAGGACCACGGCCUGGUCCCCUCAGCUGGGCCGGGGGGUUCACAGAACCACGCCCCAGCCCCAUCUCGCUUGCCGUGGAGGUGGGAGAGGCAGGGGGGGUUGGUCCCAGGAACCAGGUCCGGAGAUGCUUAGCCAUGGAGGGCAGAGACCCCGUCACCCCCCGGUGCAGGGUGCAAAGUGCCCCCAGGAGGUGGGUGGGGGCAUUUUCGCCUGCUUUGCCCGGAUGGGAACGACUCCCCCAGCUGUGGGCGAAGGGAAUCUGGGGGGCCUGUGACCCACACGAUAGCUGGGUCCCAGAUCCUGCCCCCUCCAGAAGGCCCUGGGCUCCUGUUACCCACUGGUGGGGUGCAGGCUCCAUUCCAGGGGGAUCCUGCAGGGAAGGGGGGGCAGGAGGGUCAGUGCCAAGCGCUGCGGCCUGGAGGGGUGUUGGUUGCGAGGGCGGGCGCUGAGCAGAGGGGAUCGGCUCCCCCAGCAGGGCUAAGAGAGGAAGGACAUGGAGAGAGAUUGGGGGGGAGAAGCCGGAGGGACUCACAGAGACUGGGCUAGUGGAAGGGAGGCGGGGCUAGCGGAAAGAAGGCGGGGCUAGCAGAAAGGAGGCGGGACUAGUGGAAGGGAGGCAGAGAGUCUGAGCUGAGCGGAGCUGCUGGAGUAGCCUGGGGGGGGGAGGGCAGCUAAGCCCCCCCAGGCUCCAGGCAUAAGGGGACAGGGAUGGGCACUAAGGUGAGAAUUCCUGGGCAGCUGUUAAACCUUUCCCUGCUGGUUAUAUG